CCAGUGAGUGGCGGUGGGUGGGACCACGGCUCAGCUGCCCAGCGAGAGCAGCACCUCUGCGGGACCGGUAGUCCUCUGCGACAGCCUCAGCCUCCGCCUCCGCCAUGGCCGACGCGGAGAACCGGGGCCCCGCGGAGCCCAGCCAGGCGGCGGCGGCUGCCGGGGCUGCGGCCCAGGAGGUAAUGGCCCAGGGUGGCAAGGCGGAUGUCGCGGCCACGCCCCAGACCCCCUCAGAAAACUCGCCCAAGCCCAGAAAUGACUUUCUUGAGAGCCUGCCCAAUUCUGUCAAGUGCCGCGUCCUGGCGCUCAAAAAGCUGCAGAGGCGAUGCGAUAAAAUAGAGGCCAAAUUUGAUAAGGAAUUUCAGGCUCUGGAGAAAAAGUACAACGACAUUUAUAAGCCCUUGCUUGCUAAGAUCCAAGAGCUCACGGGCGAGAUGGAGGGGUGUGCGUGGACCUUGGAGGGGGAGGACGAGGAUGAAGAUGACUAUGAGGACGAGGAGGAGGACGAGGAGGAGGAGGAGGAGCAGGAGGAGGAGCAGGAGGAAGGAGGUCGCCGCGGGAGCGAGCAGCGCCCAGGUGCAUGAGGACGCCAAGAAGUAAGAGGGCAGUUCACAGGGAAGAUGCCCAACAGACACCCUCCUCCCGUUAUUCUAAUAUUGGUGGACUUUAAAAGGCUCAGCUUUUAGACCAAAAAUACAAUGUGAAUUUAUUCUGACAUUCCUAAAUUAAAGCAAUUAGAUCCUGGCCAGCCCAUUGCAAAUCUGACUUUCCUGUUGAACACAACAAAGAUAUCAAAACAUAUUGAAGGUGAAUUAAGCUGAUUUUCUUUUCAGCUAUCUUUUGUAAAGACUGAAAAUUGAGGCCUAAAACAGGUGUCAGAAGAUGUGAACUAAGGAACGCCACUUUGAAACCCAGUCAUGACCCGGGCUGAAGGCGUUUUCCAUUCUUAAUUCUUCAAUUUCUUUAGGCCUUGCAUUUCCCAAUCCAGAGAAAGCAAACCCAAGAAAGAUGCCAACUUCAAGACUUUGCCUUUCUAACCCCGACAUCAGCUGUAUGCUUCAGAGGAGAGAUGGCAGACAGGAAACCUGUGAUUGAGACCCUGACACUACUGCUAAGGACACUAAGAAAACUGCCAUUUCAAGUUCUGAUAGAUGUUCUGAAUAUGUGAGUUUUGAGAAACAACAUGGUCUCAAGAAGGAGGGUGUAUAGUGUAUAAUAUUGUCAACAUAUGUAUUCAUUAGUUACAGUCUCAUGUUUAUGUGUUUUCUUAGUAUUGUCUACUUACAAAGGUGUAAAAACUACCCCAAAUGUUUAAGUAUUAAAUCAAUCUAGCAUUUUAGAAAUAUAAAUUUACUUGAAGAGAAGUAUAAUGUAGCAAAUUAUGUACAGCAUGUGUAUUCAGUGUUAUGUAGUUUGAUCUUUGUGAAGUCUUUCUGUCACGUUGCUUUUAGGGUAUAACUGUGAAAAGCAUCAGAACUCCUCACAGAAGCAAGUAUGUUUGGAAAAAAUAUAUACUUGAAGAAACAAUCCAAGUGUGUGCCCCCACCCCCAGCUCAGAAGUAGAAAGGGUUUAUGUUUGCUUAUAUUAGCUCUGCCUUCAUUAUUUUGCUAUGUAAAUGUAAGUAGUAUAAAAUGGUUCAUAAUCAAGUGUUACUGCUCGACUGGCAUACAGGAAGGAUUUUUAAGAACACAUUUAAUGUAAAAGACUUUUAGCUUCUUUGUGGGUUUUGAAUUAUGUGUGAGCCAGUGAUCUAUAAAAAAUAAGCAUAAACUUGUUUACCAUUGUGGUGUUAAUAAAAUAGUAUUUUCCCAAAAAAAAAAAA